AAAUCUGGUCUGAAGGAGAAGUUCCAGUGUGUGUUUGAGGGGAUCGCUAAAGCAGGAAGUCCAACCCUUCUGAACCAGAUCUACACAGAGCUCUACAUCACAGAGGGAGGGACUGGAGAGGUCAAUGAUGAACAUGAGGUCAGACAGAUUGAAACAGCAUCCAGGAAACCACACAGACCAGAAACAACCAUCAGACAAGAAGACAUCUUUAAAGUCCCACCUGGAAGAGAUCAACCAAUCAGAACAGUGAUGACAAAGGGAGUGGCUGGCAUUGGGAAAACAGUCUUAACCCAGAAGUUCACUCUGGACUGGGCUGAAGACAAAGCCCACCAGAACAUCCACUUCAUAUUUCCAUUCACCUUCAGAGAGCUGAAUGUGCUGAAAGAGAAAAAGUUCAGCUUGGUGGACCUUGUUCAUCACUUCUUUACUGAAACCAAAGGAAUCUGCAGCUUUGAACACUUCCAGGUUCUGUUCAUCUUUGAUGGUCUGGAUGAGAGUCGACUUCCUCUGGACUUCCAGAACCAGGAGAUCCUGACUGAUGCUACAGAGUCCACCUCAGUGGAUGUUCUGCUGACAAACCUCAUCAGGGGGAAACUGCUUCCCUCUGCUCGCCUCUGGAUAACCACACGACCUGCAGCAGCCAAUCAGAUCCCUCCUGAGUGUGUUGGCAUGGUGACAGAGGUCAGAGGGUUCACUGACCCACAGAAGGAGGAGUACUUCAGGAAGAGAUUCAGAGAGGAGGAGCAGGCCAGGAGGAUCAUCUCCCACAUGAAGACAUCAAGAAGCCUCCACAUCAUGUGCCACAUCCCAGUCUUCUGCUGGAUCACUGCUACGGUUCUGGAGGACGUGUUGGAGACCAGAGAGGGAGGAGAGCUGCCCAGCACCCUGACUGAGAUGUACAUCCACUUCCUGGUGGUUCAGGCCAAAGUGAAGAAGGUUAAGUAUGAUGGAGGAGCUGAAACAGAUCAACACUGGAGUCCAGAGAGUAGGAAGAUGAUUGAAUCUCUGGGAAAACUGGCUUUUGAUCAGCUGCAGAAAGGAAACCUUAUCUUCUAUGAAUCAGACCUGACAGAGUGUGGCAUCGAUAUCAGAGCAGCCUCAGUGUACUCAGGAGUGUUCACACAGAUCUUUAGAGAGGAGAGGGGGCUGUACCAGGACAAGGUGUUCUGCUUCGUCCAUCUGAGUCUUCAGGAGUUCCUGGCUGCUCUUCAUGUUCAUCUGACCUUCAUCACCUCUGGUGUCAACCUGAUGGAAGAAACACAAACAUCUAAGAAGUCUUUAUUUUCUAAGAAACCAAAACUAAACUCUCUUCACCAGACAGCUGUUGAUCAGGCCUUACAGAGUCCAAAUGGACACCUGGACUUGUUCCUCCGGUUCCUCCUGGGUCUUUCACUGCAGACCAAUCAGAGACUCCUACAAGGUCUACUGACACAGACAGGAAGUAGGUCACAGACCAAUCAGGAAACAGUUCAGUACAUCAAGGAGAAGAUCAGUGAGAAUGUGUCUGCAGAGAAAAGCAUCAAUCUGUUCCACUGUCUGAAUGAACUGAAGGAUCGUUCUCUAGUGGAGGAGAUCCAACAGUCUCUGAGAUCAGGGAGUCUCUCCACAGAUAAACUGUCUCCUGCUCAGUGGUCAGCUCUGGGUUUCAUCUUAGUGUCAUCAGCAGAAGAUCUGGAUGUGUUUGACCUGAAGAAAUACUCUGCUUCAGAGGAGGUUCUCCUGAGGCUGCUGCCAGUGGUUAAAGCCUCCAACAAAGCUCUACUGAGUGACUGUAACCUCUCAGAGAGAAGCUGUGAAGCUCUGUCCUCAGUUCUCAGCUCCCAGUCCUCCAGUCUCAGAGAACUGGACCUGAGUAACAACAACCUGCAGGAUUCAGGAGUGAAGCUUCUCUCUGCUGGACUGGAGAGUCCAAACUGCAGACUGGAAACUCUCAGCUUGUCAGGCUGUCUGGUCUCAGAGGAAGGCUGUGUUUCUCUGAAAUCAGCUCUGAGCUCCAACCCCUCCCAUCUGAAAGAGUUGGACCUGAGCUACAAUCAUCCAGGAGACUCAGGAGUGAAGCUGCUGUCGGCUGGACUGAAGGAUCCACGCUGGAAACUGGAAACUCUCAGGUAUGGAGGAAUAACGCAACUCACAAUCGACACAAACACAGUGAGCAGAAAACUCAAACUGUCUGAAGACAACAGGAAGGUGACAGAUGUGAAGGAGCUUCAGUCAUAUCCUGAUCAUCCAGACAGAUUUGAUUACUGGUCUCAGCUGCUGUGUAGAACUGGUCUGACUGGUCGCUGUUACUGGGAGGUCGAGUGGAGAGGAGACGUUAAUAUAUCAGUGAGUUACAGAAGAAUCAGGAGGAAAGGAAUCAGUUUAGACUGUUGGUUUGGAGAGAAUGAUCAGUCCUGGAGUCUGAGCUGCUCUGAUCGUCGUGGUUACUAUGUCUGUCACAAUAACAUAGAAACAUCUAUCUCCUCCUCCUCCGUCUCCAACAGAGUAGCAGUGUAUGUGGACUGUCCUGCUGGUAUUCUGUCCUUCUACAGAGUCUCCUCUGACUCACUGAUCCACCUCCACACCUUCAACACCACAUUC